CCUACAGAACCUCAAGCUGAGAUUGUUGUCGUCAGAGAGAAGAACUGCAGCUCAUAUUGGAAAACGCUAUGACAUCAGGAAAAUAAAUAAACUUCUCAGGGACGCUUUGAGCAUUACCAGGAUGGACAAACAAAAAGUCCUGAACCGGCUGAUCACAGCCUUGCAUUCAUUCCUGGUGGUGCUGGACAGUGAGAAUCUCAGCUACAUCGCUCAGGCCCAGAAGAAGUCCAUCUCUGAACUGAUGUCAAAGCUGCAAGACACUCCUGUCGAGGAUGCUGAAUAUAUGUUAAUGAGCUGUCCAUCAGGGGCCCCAAGCAACGAUCUCAGGGAAACCCAGCUGUCAGGCACAGAUGGCCUUUUCCAGUCAGGACCAGACCCAGACUCAGCCAAGGAGUCCUCGUCCUCUGCAUCUCCCGAAUGGCUACGGAAAGGGAGCCAGGGGCCGGCUGUACCCCUUCAUCCGCCAGAAGGUUUAGAUGAGGACUGCUACGAGGAGGCUGAGCCCUUUGUUUCAGUCAAUCACACCACAGACAAAGGUGACUCAGACAGCAGUCACUACGAGUCAUACGGGGAGGAAGAUGAGGAGGAGUUUGUGAAAGACCGGGCCCACUACAUCCAAUGGAGUGCCACCCAGCCCUGUCUGCGGCCCACUCCUGAGUCACGCAUCUGUGGCUACCUGUGGAGGAAGAAAUGGCUGGGCCAAUGGACCAAACAGCUCUUUCUCGUCCGCAACAAUCUGCUCUUGUGCUACAAAUGUGCCAAGGACCUCUACCCGCUGCUGGAGCUGAACCUGCGGGGCUGCCAAGUGGUGUACAAGUCCAAGCACAACAAGAAGAUGCAGCACGAGCUUAAGGUGGUGGCUGGCUCCGACAUGGUGGUGAUGGGCUUCCAGAGCUGCCAGCAGGUGGAGGAAUGGAGGAAGAUCAUUGAGGAGGUGAGUAGCUCCUCCUACUAUGAGCCAGAGUCCCAGAGUUCCUCCUCGUUACUCAAGUGUGACAGACUGGACUCUUGCAGGUCAAGCACAGUCAUUCACACUUCAGACUCUGAUGUAGAGAAACUGUCCACGCUGUCCUCUGCUCUCAGCAGUGGGGAAAUUAAGGAUAAAGGGUUUCUAAACGUGCUGAUGAACUGCCAGUGGCAGAGCCUGUGGUGUCAGGUGGAGGGCGGGGUGCUGAAGAUGUUCCGAGACAAGGGCUGUGAGGAGAGCCCCCAGUACACGGUGCCACUGAGAGGCUGCCAGGUUCGACCGGACUCCGACACGCCUCAGGCCUACCGCAUCACUGUGGUCCAACACGGAGACCAGGUGGCAGUACUGGAGGCCGGCUGUGCAGAUGAGAAAGAGCAGUGGGUGCAGCUCCUGCAGGACGGGAGUGUAAGUCAGGGUCAGACUGACUCUCUGUACCACCAUGACAUCACCUCAAAAUCUGCUGGCGACCUGAGUGGUUUAAAGGAACUAAGGUUCCCGACCUCAAACAUGUACAUCGACGACCCCUUUCACCAGCUCUAUGGAAGUGGCAACUCGCAACCCAUCUACUCCAACACAGCCAUACUGGAGCACAUGUUCCAGAAUUCCCAAAAAGUUGCCAGGGGAGAGUCGGUGUUAUCUAAGGAUUCAGUCAACUACAGCAACACUGAAAUCUUUAACAACCACAGUAGUCAAUUGUGUGAGGUGGAGCUGGGGGUUCAGAAACUGGACUUGACCGGGAAGAGGUGGUUGCAGCUGAGAGCCGGAUCAGAGAUGAACCUCAUCACUGCAGGGAAGACAACCAAACGCACCUGCUUCAGACGGUCUCUGGCUUUCUGUACAGAACGGGCACAGGGUGGGUUCUUCACUCCGCUAUUGCGACGGACCGCCUCCGCUAAAAACUCAUUGAAAAGAGCCCCUUCCGCCCUAUUUAUUGAGCAUGGCAAGGUGUUUCAGAGAAAGAAGGAUUGGGAGACAAAGGCCUUUACUUGAUACUGGUCCUUCUGGUAACCAUUACCUUGUACUGUACACAUUCCCUGACUUAUAUUAGUAUAUGAAGAGUUUCAUUCCCAAACGUUAUCCUGUAAAUCCAUUUUCA